UAAUCGUUACUGUAAUUAAUUAAUUGGUUUCUAGGGUUUUCCUUCAAGACACUCUGAUUUGGUAGGUACACUUGCAAGUUACAAUCGCUCACUUCUUCCCUAUCCAACGCCAAACAUCACCGGUAGCAAUGGAGUCAACAUUAUCGGCAACGGCAACGGCAACGGCAACGGCAACGGCUACCACUUCUUUAUUGGGUUUCUCUAGAGCCCUAAAUUACUCUACUCCCGGUGGUCAAACCCUCCGGAAUCAGCUUGCAGUAUUCCAUGUCCGACGGACUAUCGCCGCCACCAAAGCGGACUUUCGGAGACCAUCUAGGAAGUUAGGUUCUGCAUCCCCGUUGUUUGGGUUCAGGAAUGUGGGUGGUGGUAGUGUGCCUUUGGUGGGGUAUCGUUUGGAAUGCGUUUCGAGCUCUGCUGCUUCGUUUGCUUCCGGCGGUGGGGGGAUUGGAGGAGGUGGCUAUAGUGGAGGUGGAGGUGGUGGUGGCGGCGGUGCUGAUGGAGGGGAAGUCAAGGCUACUCCGAUCGCUGGAGGAGCUGAUGAUGUUUCUGCUUUAUCGUCUGAUGUGAUAAUACUAGAUGUUGGAGGUAUGACUUGUGGAGGAUGUGCUGCAAGUGUCAAAAGAAUUUUGGAGAGCCAACCACUGGUUUCUUCUGCCAGUGUGAAUCUUACAACAGAGACGGCAAUUGUAUGGCCUAUAUCUGAAGCCAAGGUUACACCAAACUGGCAAAAAGUCUUGGGAGAAGAACUUGCAAAACAUUUGUCAACUUGUGGAUUUAAUUCUAACCUUAGAGAUUCUAAGAAACAGAGUGUCUUCCAAACAUUUCAAAGGAAGGUGGAAGAAAAGCGUAACCAGUUAAAAGAAAGUGGUAGGGGACUUGCAGUAUCUUGGGCUUUAUGUGCUGUAUGCCUCUUUGGGCAUGUCUCCCAUUUCAUUGGAGCCAAGGCUUGGUGGAUACAUGCCAUGCAUUCCACCGGUUUCCACUUGUCUUUGUCUUUAUUUACAUUGCUAAUUCCUGGACGCCAACUUAUUGUUGAUGGUCUGAAAAGUCUCAUGAGGGGGAAUCCAAACAUGAAUACAUUAGUUGGUCUUGGGGCGAUAUCGUCAUUUACUGUCAGCUCGUUUGCAGCAUUGAUACCAAAAUUGGGUUGGAAAGCGUUCUUUGAAGAACCAAUUAUGUUGAUAGCAUUUGUUUUACUGGGAAGGAAUCUCGAACAAAGAGCUAAAAUUAAGGCCACCAGUGACAUGACAGGCCUUCUUAGUGUUCUGCCACCAAAAGCUCGUCUUCUGGUGAAUGGUGACGCUGAUGGUGAUGGUAAAGAGUCGAGCUCAACAGUGGAUGUUCCUUGUGACAGUCUAUCUGUAGGAGAUAAAAUUGUUGUACUACCUGGAGAUCGUGUUCCUGCUGAUGGUAUAGUCAGAGCUGGUAGAAGCGCAGUGGACGAGUCAAGUUUCACUGGGGAGCCACUCCCAGUCACUAAGCUUCCAGGGGCUGAAGUGUCAGCAGGAAGUAUCAACCUUAAUGGAGCACUUACCGUUGAAGUACAAAGGCCUGGAGGUGAGACCUUCAUGGGGGACAUUGUCCGUUUGGUUGAAGAAGCUCAGAGUAGAGAAGCUCCUGUUCAGCGUUUGGCUGAUAAGGUUGCUGGACACUUCACUUAUGGUGUAAUGGCAAUCUCUGCCGCCACAUUUACGUUCUGGAGCAUUUUUGGUGCACGUAUUCUACCAGCCACUCUUCACCAUGGAAGUGCAGUGUCAUUGGCAUUGCAGCUCUCUUGUAGUGUUUUGGUUGUUGCUUGUCCAUGUGCAUUGGGUUUAGCCACACCAACUGCUGUGCUGGUCGGGACUUCGCUUGGUGCUACAAAAGGAUUGCUUUUGCGUGGUGGAAGUAUCUUAGAGAAGUUCUCUGCAGUGAACACAAUUGUUUUUGACAAAACAGGGACAUUGACCAUUGGCAAGCCCGUUGUCACGAAAAUAGUGACUAAAACAUCUGAUGAAUAUCCCGAGUUACAGCUAAAUUCCAUUGAUGAAUGGUCUGAAAUUGAUGUAUUGAAGUUAGCUGCUGCAGUUGAAUCUAAUACAAUUCAUCCAAUUGGGAAAGCUAUACUGGAAGCUGCUCGGGGUGCUAAAUGUCCUAAUGUAAAGGCCGAUGAUGGAACAUUUAUGGAGGAACCUGGAUCAGGUGCAGUAGCCUCAAUUGGGAAGAAGACGGUUUCUGUUGGUUCACUGGAAUGGGUUAGAAGGCAUGGAGUUGUUGAGAAUCCAUUUAUAGAAACCGAAGAGUUCAAAAAUCAAUCAGUCGUGUAUGUGGGGAUAGAUGGUGUGCUUGCAGGUCUUAUAUAUGUUGAAGAUCAGAUAAGAGAAGAUGCUGCACAUGUUGUUCAAUCUUUAACUAGUCAAGGAAUAAGUGUGUACUUGCUUUCGGGGGAUAAAAAGAGUUCAGCUGAGUAUGUUGCGUCCGUUGUUGGUAUUCCAAAGGAACAGGUAUUCUAUGGAGUCAAACCUGAUGAGAAAAGUAAAUUCAUAAGCAGACUUCAGAAGGAUCAGCAUGUUGUUGCUAUGGUUGGGGAUGGAAUUAAUGAUGCUGCCGCCCUGGCCUCAUCACAUGUAGGGAUUGCUAUAGGUGGAGGCGUUGGAGCUGCUAGCGAAGUUGCCUCUAUUGUACUUAUGCGUAACAAAAUUUCACAGCUAAUUGAUGCGUUGGAGCUUAGCAGACAGACGAUGACGACUGUGAAGCAAAAUCUCUGGUGGGCUUUUGGGUACAACAUUGUUGGGAUCCCGAUAGCUGCAGGGACUUUGUUGCCAGUUACAGGGAUAAUGCUUACUCCCUCAAUUGCCGGAGCCCUCAUGGGUUUGAGCUCUAUUGGUGUGAUGACUAAUUCAUUGCUUCUAAGAUUCAGAUUUACAUCACGACAGAAGAAAAUUAACCAAGCACCAUCGUCAUAUGUAGUCCAAGAAGACAUUGAAGCACCCAAAACCCUCGGUUAGUUCAUGGCAGUCGCUAGUCGGGAAACAAAUCACAAACUCUUAUAGUGCCACUGGAGAGAGAGAGAGAGAGAACAGACAUGGAUAUUUUGCUAUUUUGUACAUUUUAAUUGUUCAAUGGUGGUAGAUAAGGCU